AUGUCGUCUGAUGGAGGCUCCGUCAAGACUAUAGCCACGAGUCCGGUCACCUCAAAUACCCCGGUUUCACUGCCUCAUGACAUCGUUACCUACAUCGCCGGAUACACGAACCUUCGGUUGAUCAACUGCGUCGGUUAUAUUCAGACUUUUGUGGCAUUUUCGGUCUCGCGAUCACAGACGGAGUUUCUCAAAGUAUGUCCAUGUUCUCAUUUAGAGUCACUGGCACGGUUACGGCAGGAGUGGAGAUUGUGGGCGGAUUUCUCGGAGACGGACUUACCGAAUUGUUUGAAGCCGUUUACGUGGGAGUAUGUCGGGCAGGAUGGAGGGAUGAUGUUGAUUUAUAAAUGCGAGGAUAUGAAGACGUUGAGGGAAGUGCAUAUCAGCGAACAACCAUACAUCACGGAAGGGUCAGGAAUCGAACCAUUGUCUCUGGAACCAAAUCUCACACCGAGGGAGUUGAGCAAGGAGACGAUACCGGCAUUGCUGAAGGUCGCGGAUGAUUUAUGUUCGGCAUUGAUAGCGGCGCAUACACUUAAGAUUACACACGGCUCGAUCACGGCACAGAAUAUCAUCAUUAAACCGGAUGGACACGCGAGGUUGGCUGGAUGGGAUUCAUAUUCGAGGUUGGAGAGGGAAGAUGCGCCGUCAAUAGGGUUGCGACAGUCGUCUCUGCCGCUACCGUAUCUUGCCCCUGAAUGCACGGGAAGGAUGAACCGGAGUGUCGAUUCGAGGGCGGACUUUUAUGCGGUCGGUGCGGUGUUAUAUGAGGCUUGUCUUGGGUUCCCGCCAUUCCGGUCAAGGGAUUCACUGGAGAUUAUUCACCAGCAUAUUGCGGCACCGGUCAUUCCACCCCACGAACUCAACCCCGACAUCCCUCCAGAACUCAGCGACGUCAUCCUGAAGCUUCUUUCGAAAAAUGCCGAAGAUCGAUAUCAAACCGCAUCCGGCUUGAAGUCAGAUUUGGCGCUACUCCUGCAGAGCUUGUCGACAAACUCACCACUUAUUGACUUCAGAGCAGGAUUGACGGAUCAGGCAUCGCAAUUCAAUGUGUCAGAGAAGCUAUACGGAAGGGAGAAGGACCUGGAGAAACUGAACGACUGUUACGAGCGUGUGCGGAAGAAUGGAGGUACAUGCGUGGUGAUCGUAUCCGGAUAUUCUGGUGUUGGAAAGUCACGACUCGUCAACGAGAUGCAACGUCCCGUCGUCGCCAACCGUUCCCAUUUUCUGACGGGAAAAUUCGAUCAGUACAAGCGUGGCAUGCCGUUCUUCUCAUUAAUUCAAGCAUUGCAGGAUUUGAUUAGGCAGGUUUUGAGCGAGAGUACGCGGAGUUUGGAGAGAUGGCGGAAGGAAGUGCUGAGAGCUAUCGAUACGGAUGCGUCGGUUUUGGUUGAUGUCAUUCCUGAGGUCGCACUACUUCUAGGUCCGAAUUAUGCGAUUGAGCCGAUGACCGCACUCGGUCCUGCUGAGCGCGAAAGCCGGUUCAAGGCGGUAUUCCAGAAGUUCAUUGGGGUGUUUACACGGAAGGGCUUGGUUUUGUUCUUGGAUGAUUUGCAGUGGAGUUCGCCUGGUGAGCUUGCGUUGAUUUCGUCGAUCGCGGCGUCUGUUGCGGAGUCGAAGAACCGGUGUUUACUCAUUAUCGGGGCUUAUCGUGAUAACGAAGUCGAUUCUGACCACCACCUUUACGGUGCAUUGAGGCUCAUGAAAGAUGCGGGGACACAGUUGGUGGAGCUGACGCUUGGACCAUUGGGUAUGGACAGUGUUCGUUCAGUCAUUGGGGAGACACUUCGACGACAGAGUCCGGAUGAUCGUGAGAUGCAGACUUUGACCGAGUUGGUCUUUGCGAAGACGAAGGGAAACGCGUUCUUCGUGAACCAGUUGUUGAAAUCGUUACAUCGACAAGGGCAUAUCUCUUUCGAUUUCCAGUCUUCGAUGUGGAAGUUCAAUCUGGCGAGUAUCGAGGCGGAGGACUUACCACCCACUGUUGUGGAUCUGCUUGUCAUGCAGAUGUUGAACCUCAGUUUGGAGACUCAGGAAGUUCUUAAGUUGGCCGCAUGUAUCGGGACGAACCGGUUUCAGCUCUCGGUGCUUGCACUCGUGUCGGAGAGGUCGCUUGAGGAUACCGCGAAGGAUCUUUGGGGUGCGUUAGAAAACGGAUUAGUAAUGCCUACGAGCUCGAGCUAUAAGAUCCCUGGAGCGAUGGGAACGUGGUUGGAUGACAGUCUCAAGGCAGAGCAGAAUAGCUUGAAGGUAUUAACGACGAGCGAUAGACGGUCCAGCAUCAGCCCAAUACCGAAUGUGAGUCCGCCGUCAGGCACCGCACCGGAUGGGAGCGCUGCGAUCACGUACCGGUUCUUGCAUGAUCGUGUUCAGCAAGCCGCAUACUCCCUCAUCGAUGCAAAGGAGCGCCCCGCCGUUCACAGGAUGAUCGGUAAGCGUAUGUUACAGUGCUUCUCCGAGGAGCAGGUCGAGGCUUUCAUCUAUGAGAUCGUUAAUCAGCUCAACGCCGAUCUGGAUUCCCUCAGUGACGAAGAUAGAACGGAGCUGAUCAACCUCAAUCUUCGGGCUGGUAUGAAAGCGGGUAAGGCGACUGCAUUCGAUGCUUCGCUUCAGUACAUUCGCACGGCUCAUAGUCUGCUGAAACCCACAUCAUGGGAUGAUCAGUAUGACAUGACCCUUGAGACGCAUAUGGCUCUUGCCGACGCCCUGUACUCUUCAGCGGCCUACGAGGAAGCCAUCGCUUUAUGCGACAUUGCUACUGAAAGGGGAAGGACAGCAACGGAUAAAGCAAAGGGCAUAAUCUCGAAGAUCAAUUGUCAGAUGGGUCAAGGGGAGUUGCUAGGCUCCAUUCAGAGUGGUCUGCAGGGUUUGGCGUUCCUUGAGUACCACAUCCCGAUUGAUCCAGAGGCUGCUGCGGAGCAGGCGAGAAAUCUGAGGCCGCAAAUCAUGCUUUCACCGGAAGAGAUCCAGGCCAUGGGUGAAGCGAGGAAAUUGUCGGAUGAGCGUUUACUUCUCGUGCAGGAAAUCCUGGCAAUGAUCGUGUUGCCGGUCUACAUGGGCAAGCCGGACUUGCUGGAAUGCGUAUGCUAUACCUCUUUGGUUAUCUCCAGAGAGCAUGGUAUGUCAACACACAGUGCAUACCCUCUGUUAAUGGCGGCUUGUGUUCUCUGCGAGUUUGGCGGUGAUGAUCUGGUGCGCAGUUAUGCUUAUGGUAAGCUGUCUGUGACCCUGGUGGAGAGUGAGCCCAUGGUGCCUUCUAUCGCACCUGCUAUCUACGAGGUCUUUGCUGGGCAUAUCUCUAUUUUCCAUGAGCCUUUGAGUGAAGCACUUCGCAACUUUCAGCUUUGUGUCUCGACGAGUUUCACUACGUAUGAUCUGGCAUACGCCGGGUUCGCCGCUGUUGAGAUCCCUGUGUUCUCAGCUCUUGCCGGUGGUAACCUGGAGCAGGCACAUAACAAUCUACUUGCAGCAGCGCCUUUGGUGCGAAAGUUGAAGAGCAAGCUUGCCCUUCUCUGGAUGAACAUCCCGCUACAAGGCAUUUUGAACCUCAGGGGUCUCAACAGUAAUCCAGAUUUGGCCUCUCUUCAAGGCGAAGCUCUUGGUGGAGCUGAUGAGAUUGCCGCAGUUGAACAGUGCGAGUCACAGUCGCACGCAUAUGUGUAUUACCUUUGGCGAAUGAUCCUGGCGGUACAGUUCGAGAAGACUGAACUGGCUCUUGAAGUUGGAGAGAAAUGCGAAGAGCUGGCCUCUUCGGUGAUGGGCUCGUACUACAAGGUCAUGUACGAGUUCCUGGCCAUCUCUAUCUAUCUCGACCUCGAAGAUCUUUCUGAAGUCCAAGCACGACGUCUGGCGCAAUACGUUCAGCGGGUUAGGGAAUUCGCCGUAACUUCAGCAGGCGUGUUCCAACACAAAUUAUUCUUCCUUGACGCUGAAUUGUCGAAAUGUUCUGGGAAGGACUUGCAAACACUUGACUUGUUCGAUCAGGCCAUUUCAGCUGCUACAUCAUCCAACUCUAUUGCUGAUGCUGCAUGGUACAACGAGCGCGCCGCAAAAUGGCUACGGCCGAUCUCGAAACACCGGUCUACUCAGUACAUUCGUGAAGCGUACCGGCUGUACACCAUAUGGGGUGCCAAUGCGAAAGCUGACUACCUCGCUACGACCUGGUCAGAUGAUUUCAGUACCUCAGUUGGCUUUUCUCUGCUUUCGCAAGGUCAGCUUGUUAUGACUCCUACCUCGGAGAAGACUGCCUUCGCAAGUCUAGACCGCAUGGUUCUUGGCCAGGUCAGUGAAGGUGGAAGGCAAAUGUCCGACCAUUCACCUACCAUCCAUUUUGAACCCUUUUCUAGCAAGACGAGCCUUCCAGCAAGUUCUCCUCCAGCGAAUACUAAACAUGUGGCCGAUGUGAUGCGCAGACGUCGUCCCUCGUUGCAGGAUCGCAGUACUUCAUCGCAAUCCGGAGGGCAUAUGGGAAGUCUCUUCACUGAGCAAGUUUAUGUUUCAUCAGAUUUCUCCGGUGCGCAGGAAGAUAUCGAUACUACAUCUACAUCAUCCCGUACGAAAGACGAUCAGACAUCGAGCAUGGGCUCUGAAUUGGAUCUGCGAACCGUCCUCAAGGCGUCAUUGGUUAUUUCCGAAGGCGUUCGUCUCGAAGAUGUUAUUUUGACGCUCAUGAAGUCCGUGCUUCAAACUGCUGGAGCCGAUUACGGUGUCCUGGCCUUGAUCGACGUUGAUGGACAAUUGUAUAUCGAAACAAAGGGGUUGUUGACAGACGUGACAAUUGUGGACCACGAGCUUGCCAGUACUAGGACGGACGUCUGCCCCUUCUCGAUGCUUAACUUCACCGGCCGGAUUGGUGAAACACUUGUCAGAGAACGUGCCAACGAUGUGAAGUUCGAUAGCACCUGGGGAAGGGAUAGUUACUUCCAUGCAAAUCGGGCGAAGUCAGUGCUGUGUAUGCCUAUCCAGAGCCAGUUGAAACCUAUGGGUGUAUUGUAUCUGGAGAACAGACACGCGUCUAACGCCUUUACGUCUCAGCGUCUUGAGGUCCUCAAUCUCCUGUGUACCCAAGCAGCAGUCACUAUUGAGAAGGCGAGGCUCUACAGAAGCAUGGAGCUUGCGAAGAAGGCCGCUGAAGAAGCUACAGUGCAAAAGAGUGUCUUCCUGGCAAACAUGUCACACGAAAUCAGAACGCCUUUCAACGCAGUCAUCGGUGCGUCGAUCUUCCUGUUAGACUCUCCCUUAUCGACCACGCAGCGUGAUUACGUCGAGACCAUUCACAACUCGGCCACGUUGACUUUGAACAUCAUCGAUGGAAUCUUGGAUUGGUCUAAGAUCGAGCAAGGGAAGAUCGAGCUUGAGCGGGAACCAUUCUCUUUACGUGACUGCGUUGAGAGUGCGCUCCAGGUCAUCGCUGAGCCCGCCAGUAACAAGGGUCUUGAUAUCGGAUACAUCACAGAUGGAGAAUACGUUCCUGACACCAUUAUUGGUGACAUGACGCGAUUCCGUCAGGUCAUUCUCAAUCUUCUCGGAAACGCGGUGAAGUUCACGCACCAAGGAACGAUUGUUAUUCGUAUCGGCGCGGAAGAGUUACCGUCAGAUCCACAAGGGCAGCGGUACAGGUUGAAGGUCACGGUGCAGGACACCGGUAUUGGUAUUCCUGAAUCUGCAUUCGCACGUCUGUUCCAGUCCUUCUCUCAAGUUGACUCAUCGACUACGAGGAAGUAUGGAGGAAGCGGACUUGGUUUGGCGAUUUCUAAGCGUCUUGUCAACCUUAUGGGCGGCACCAUCUGGGUUGAGAGCAAAGAGCGACAAGGGACUUCGUUCCACUUUACGGCAUUGUUCCACGUUGGUAAGCAACAGGAAAAUCUGGUUGUACAGGGUGUUGCGCCAUCCUCUAACGGAUGUUUGAUCAUUCACCCGAGCCCGACGUCGCCUGAGAUUCUAUCAUCAACAUUGCGCUCGAUUGGUCUCAGGCCCAACGUGGUCAAGGACGUGAAUGGUGCCGUUAGGGCUAUUGGAGAUCAUCCUCCUCGUCACUUCUCUGUAGCCUUCAUUGCCCUGAAUGAACCACAAGAAAUCAAAGAUACUGCUUCAAGCUUGAAGAAGGCUGAUCCGGCGUUGGAAGUCAUUCUCCUUGCGUCUGUAGGGGCUCCAAUCCCGGACGAUUUCCACAAGCUCAAUAUCUCUGAUUAUCUUGUCAAGCCUGUCCGAAGGAGCCGCUUGAUCAAAGCCGUCCAGGGUGUCUUGUCUACACCAAGUCCUACCAAGAGGUCUAGCAGUGCGCCUGCGACUAUGGCUUCCAGCGGUGUGAACAAGCCUGCAGUAAAGGGCUUACUGAGCGAUGAGCACCCGUUGAGGAUUCUCUUGGCAGAAGACAACCCCAUCAAUACGAAGGUCGCUCUGCAGCACCUGAAGCGGUUCGGAUACGCGGCUGAUCACGCACGAGAUGGUCUUGAGGCAGUGGAAGCAUGCGAGAGGCUAGCGAAGGAUGGCCAAAUGUACGACGUGGUACUGAUGGAUGUGCAAAUGCCUCGUCUCGAUGGUUACGAGUCAACGGCAGAAAUUCUACGGAAAUGGCCGGAACCAUGGCGACAGCCUACAAUUGUUGCGAUGACGGCUAAUGCCAUGUCUAGCGAUAAGGAGAAGUGUUUGAAAGCCGGAAUGAAGGAUCAUAUACCUAAGCCUAUUCUACCCAAAAGACUUGCAGCUGCGCUGCAAAGUGUUGUACCGUUGAGUCAAAAGGUUAGAAGGUCAAGUGAAUCGACGAGUGAGACGACGAGCGAGAGGAGCGAUACACCAGAGUAG